AUGUCAAAGCGUGCCCACACCGAGAAGGGUGUGCCAUCAAGUCCGCUGCCUCGUCCCGGAAAGCGUGCCGCAACGGGGAACAAGACCUUGGGACUCACACAGCAGUCUUCUCUGGCCUCGAUUAAGAGUGCCUGCUGGUCAACGAUAAGGGAGAGGAUGGCCAAACAAGGAGCAAUCCUGUCGGCGAUCAAUGAGAAACUUCACCACCACAUCACCGACGGCAUUGCUGAUGAUCCUGACAUGAAGGGGCUUUUGCUCAAGCUCCUUGCUCAUCCGAUAAGCAUCCAAGACGAAGAGCUGGCCCGCAUGUUCACAUUGAGGGUACUUUCAAAGUCGAGUAUUCCUGCUGUCGACAUAGAGAGGCCUUUCUACGUGCGCAGCUGCACCAUCACCGCCGGACAACUCCGUCAAAUCGUGGAAGACUGGAAAGACGACUUCUUGUUCUUCGAGGAAGGAGAUCUGUGGGUCGACUAUCUCAACACGGCAAGUGUGGCGGAUACAGACAGUGUCUCCAUUCGUUAUGUCGGGAUGACUGUCAAGGGCUUUACCGGAUACAGUCGCUCCUUGAAAGACUUGCAGGACCGUAGGUACGGCAUGUUGUCUGCGUUCUGCAAUGCUCUAGCUACCCGGUUCCCGGAGGUGCUCAUACCACCGGGCUGCUGGAAAGUAUACGAGUUUUCGGAUGCAAACAUCGGUGGCCAUAUCCUUCCCGGAGAACAACCCUUCAGCAAUACGAGGGAGCGUGUGCUGGUUGCUCUUCUUGGGGGGCCAUACACUCUAAAUCGGCAGAUCGGAGGGUAUUACCAUUCCUACAAGAUCUUGGAUGUGGACGCACAGAGGUUCACUACUUUACAUACCUCACUCUUUCAGAGAGUUGUCCGCUUUGGAAGUGUGCGCAAUGACCCUUAUGUCGAUGCGGCUAUCAAGCGGUGGGCGGAAGCUUUGUACAGGUUCGCCACUGAGAACCCCGAAGCAACCAAGACCGACCGGAUCCCUCUGCCGGACGAUUGGUUGACGGUGAACAUCGCACAGGCAACACCAAUAUUCUUUGCUGAGCACGUACUGUUUGCCUUGGUGGGCAAGGACAUCACUCACGAUGACUUUACUCGCUGUUGCCCCUUCUUUUCGCCUCACGGGCCCGAGCGGUCACGCACAGCAGCACUGACGACAUAUAUUCUAUCUCAGUUGCACACGAUCGAGAACGGUUUCAGAAUCCUUUCGCCCAUACCUUUUCACUCGGGCAUGUUCCCAUUGGUGAAUCUGUUUCCUUGGAUAGGACAGGGCAAAGUGCUCGACAUGAUUGGAUACUUGCGACAAUACUUUGCGGCUGCUCGCCCGCUCAUUGCCAUCGGGAUGGGGUACACCGUUUGCUCGGUGAUGAAAGCCAACUUCCUCCAUCAGUACGGGAUGAGGCAGAAGGAUUCCUUCUUGAAGUACGUUGGCGUCCCCACCUUGCAGUAUCGCGAUACCACUUGGCUCCUUAGUGUCGACAAGGACGCACAUCCAGAUCCGGAGAGUGCGUUCAUACUCAUCCCCCACAUCCAUCCCGGGAGAGAUAAAUACUACAACCAGCCAGAAUCCCUCCGUCGAGUGCUCGUUUUGACCUGGAUGCUCGCCAUCGCUAUGGGAGAGCUUUCAGCGGGCCUACUACAGGGCGCCUCCGAGACCGGCGCAACACACCUUCAUGUUAACAGGGAGACAAUCUGUCGCCAGAUAUUGGAGGCCGCCACACGGAGUGACCCGAUGGUGCAGCUUCAAGCCGAGCUAGACCAUGUCAAAGCAGCACUCCGAAACGAUUGGAAAGGGAAUGUCCGCAGAGAUGACGCCUCGGAGACCAAACGUCAGGCUCUCUCCGACGGAGCAGAGAGACGAAUUUCCAGAUACGGAUUCGCCGAAGGUCUUCCCAAGUCCGAGCCCCGCCGUGAACAAACCCUCCAAUUGUGGAGAUUGGGCUAUCCAGACCUGCGUAUAGGCUUCAGCGAUUCAGACGCCGAUAAGGAAAAGUGGUUGAACUGGGCCAACUCCAUCGAGGAAGGAAGGUCCUACUUCUCGUCCUUCUUGGCAACUAAGUACUUCGAGAAAGCGACCGAGGAGAAACCGGAACUGUUAACCCUGCUACCUGGAGAGAACCUGAACCGAGAGGAGAUGAAGGUUUUGAUGGACAAGUUGGAGCAGGGAGCGAUGUUGAGGAACCUGGACACCUCCAACCCGGACGAAGCCUUGAACGUUGUACGACUUCAAGCUUUCUGGCCCCACAGAGUGAAGGCGGAAGACCUCGAGCAGUACGAGCCGCACGAGUUCGUCGAGAACCUGCAGAACCAGAAGGUCAAGAUGAACCGAUCCAAAAUCGUCACAUUGUACUGGAAGGAUCCCAACGGGAAAAAUGUCAAGCUGGAACUACGUGCUCCCCUUAGUACACCAGCGAGCGGCGAUCGAUUCGUUCGCUUUGAGGACAUAGGCAUAGCUCUGUUCGACGCCUCGGGAAAAGUCUUCCUGCCGGCUACUAAAGUGGCAGCCAUCACUUGGCCAUUGUCAUCCCUCGCGCAGCUUUGCCGAGCUGCAGACAUCAAGCGCUGCUGGGAGAGCCAGACCGGUAAAAGGUGGCCGUCAGUGGCAUCUUCCCUGCCCCCCGCCCCCGGAGUUGCUGUGUAUUCUGCUGCUUUCUACGGCCAGAAGAGAAGACCGCCGCCAUUGGGGAAGAAGAAGCUCGCCCAGUACACUUCCAGGUCCAUAGUUCGGGGAGACGCCGCGUGGCUCAUCAAGGAAUUCCUCGACGAGCGAUUCCCUGACGGUGGAAAGGUCUUUGCGGCGCCGCUGGGGACUUGGCCAGAGAAGGACGCGGAGCACAUCCGGUUGCUUUUGUCCGAGUUCGUGGAGCGCCCACUCUACUACUACCAUCCCUUCCGAAGCGAUUGGUUGGACAUCCUGAACGACGCCCGCCCCCAGGCGAUCUCGAUCAUCAAGGAAAAUAUUCACCUGUGCCGGCCAAUCACCUGGACCCAGAGGGUGAUGAAGGACUUGAGGUCCUCCGGUAGGGGUCAGCUAGGGGGAAAGUAUUGGCACUUCGGAGCGAGGAUGUAGGGCGGCGGGGACUUGGUCUGAAAUGAAAAUGGUGGGGAGAGUGCGAUGGAGGCGAGGAUGGGGAGACUGCGAUACUGGGGGUACGAAUGAAAUGAUUGUUGGGACCAUGUGUGAACCGUCCGUGAUAGUAUCUGUAGAACUAGUAGACAUACUGCAUUGGAA